AUGCUACAAUCCUCUCCUCGCUUAGAUGUGGCAACAGUCAUUGAGUAUGUCCUGCUGAAGUGCAGUGAUUUCUUUUCCGCCUGCCUCUGGCGGGGCAACCCGCAGAACUGUUGUGAGAUUUUUGAGUUGCAGUUCACAGAGUCGGGCUCCUGUUGGGUUUUCAAUUCACUGAUCAGUCCAGCAAGGCGACAGAAAGAGAAGGAUAACAAGUACUAUCCCCGUCGCACACCACAGUAUGGUGAGGGCUCUGGCUUGGAUGUUUUCCUGCGACUCAGGAACUCCUCUCUUAUUCGGCCCAACAAACGGGGCGUAUACGUGAUGAUCAAGCAACCGCAGCAGUGGAGCGAUGUCGUGCGCCAUGUCCCACACGGGGCGCAAACCCAGAUCAGCAUGGUGCCCCGCAUCACUACCACGGAUCAGCGAACCCGAGCCUUGACGCCCAGAGCCAGACGCUGCAUCUUUCCGGAUGAGGUUACCCAUCCUCAGUACAAGAAUCUGCCGGGCUUUGAGUACUGGGUGGGAAACUGUCGCAGCAAGUGUCACCAGGAACAUGUCAUCAAUCUGUGCAAGUGCUCGCCAUCUGUUUUCUUUCCGGUAACCGAUAAGGAUAACUUUACUGUCUGCAGGCCAUCGGACUUUAAGUGUCUCCAAGAUAACAGACUCACUUUUAGCGUGGAGCGCCAUCCCCAGGAGGAUGAGUACGUGGACAAUCUGUACAAGGAGAGCAUGAUCUGUAACUGCUUCAUAAGUUGCACUCAGCUAAUCUUCGAUCGAGUAUUUAGUAUCAGCACCUUAGAUAAUAACGACACCCACACAGAGUUGGGUACCAUUCGCCUGGACAUUUUCUAUCAGUCGGGAUGGUUCAUCCAGUACCACACCAAUAUGCGUUUUACCUUUGUGGAAUUGCUGGCUAGUUUCGGUGGCAUAAUUGGCCUCUUCCUGGGCGCCUCACUGCUCAGUGCCUUUGAGCUGGUAUACUUCUUCACCAUUGGCCUCUAUUUAUAUUUGCAUGGGGAGAGGAAACUGUCCUUCCAGCCACGCCCACUCCAACCAGCAGUAAUUACUAUACCCUUUGGACAGAGAAAGAUUACUCCAGCUAAGUAUAUACGUUGACGGGACUAUAGGUAUAAUAUGAGCAUCUA